GAUUUUUAUGCUCAUAUUAAAUCAUUAUAAUGAAUAUUUAGAUUCUAUUCAAAGAAUACUAUUGGUUUUUAGUCAUUGCCAAAUUUUUGUUCAUAAUUUAUUCCAUGUCAAGUAUAUUUAAAAUCUAAUUUUUUUUAAAGCUUCUGGUCCAGACCUAAUAAUGAAUGGUUUCUUGAUGGGUGUCACUGGUUUUUUUUUAAAGCUUCUGGUCCAGACCUAAUAAUGAAUGGUUUCCUGAUGAGUGUCACUGGUUUUUUUAUUGCUGGAGCAUCAAAUUUGGUGAGCACAGCCAUUUCUGCAGACCUUGGCAGGCAAAAAGAAUUAAGUGGGAGUAAAGAAGCUCUUUCAACAGUUACUGGAAUAGUGGACGGGACUGGAAGUGCUGGAGCAGCUGUUGGCCAGUUGCUUGUACCAUUACUUCAUAGAGACUUGGGAUGGAACUCUGUAUUUUAUGGCUUUAUGAUAAUGACAGUUCUCUCACUCCUCUGUAUAAUCAAGAUAAUUGUUCAUGAUAUCCAAGAAGUUUGGAAGAAUGGCUGUUUUGGUAAACGCCAAGUUUUAUUUUAUGUUGCAGAAGAUAAUGCAUCUAACAACAUACAAGAUCCAUCCUCUAGUAGUUGAAAGUGUAAUUUUAUUUAGAAAUAGUUUUGACAUGAGGAUAUAAAUAUACAUACUGAAAAUUCAAAAAUUUAUUUCACUUUAAUUCAUUUUUAAUAUUAACUCAUUUUAAAUAUGACUUCAUCAUUUCAUUACUUUAUGAAUUAGUUGAAAAAAAUGACACUUGGGGUGUAAAUGUAAUUGAAGAGUUUUUUAUGUUGUGGUUUAUAUCAUGUACAUUAUGAUUUUUGUCUUAAUUUUUUUCAAACUUGUUUAUUGUAUUUAAUUAUAAAGUGCCUUGCUAUCUCAGAGUUCAUUUACAGUAUAGGAUAAUUUGAAUAUUUGUUUUUUACUAAAAUGGUGUGGGAAAGUUUUCCCCCUCCUCUUUAGUGUUUUAAUCUUUUAAAUGUUAAUCACAUAGUCUAAAGAAGGUUUUAAAUAACUUGUUAUUAGCAAACUGAUAUUUUGUUGUAUUCUGUAGAAUGUUUGUGAAAUUUUUCAAAGCUGUUUUAUCUUUUUGGCUUUUUUUCUUAGCACAGAGCAAAAUAUUGUCACAAUAGUCAAAAAUUCAAAACGUGUGUCCUUAAAUGUAAUCUUAAUAAAGAUUUUUAAGUGUUUCUCUAAAUAGUAUAAAUAUUGAUUAUAAUAAGCUUUCUAAGAAACAUGUAUUCUAAUAAAUGAAUCUGUAUUUUUUAAAUCCCUGUCCAAUUAUUUAGCCAAAUGUUUUAAAGAUAUUUAAAUUCAAUUAUCAUGGAUCUUGUUUUUUGCUAUUAAAUUUCCCAACUUUUAUCUUAUAAUUUUCUAUUCUAGCUGGGAUAUUUUAGUUCAUUUAUAUCAAGUUUGUGGAACACUUGAGGUAUCAAGGUUAGAGUUUAUAAUUUGUAAUACUGUUGGAAUUAGUUUUAAUUAUAAUUAGGUAAGUUAAAUCUUCUCUUUAAAAAAAUCAUUGAUUUAAAUCAAUUUGGCAGUUCAAGUUUUAUUUAUAACUAGCAGAAAAGCCACCCAUCGGGAUUGUGCUUAUUAGUGACACACACCUCAUUGCAUCAAAAUGUUUCAAUGGACAGAGCUCAAAAUUUUCAUACGUUUUUACAUCCAUUAAAAGUGCUACCCUUUAUUGAAAAAAUAUUAUAUUUUUUUAAGAACCAGUUUUUUAGUACUACAUUUACAAAUUAUGCCAAUAAAGAUAUAAUAAAACCCUCGCAUACAGUCCUAGUGAAAGUCGUAAUAUUGUUGUAAGGAUAGUAAUUUUAUUUAAAAUUGUGUUUUGUUAUAAAGAAAUGGUUGUUGUACAUACCAUAGUUAUUUUUCUAAUUGUCUGAAUCUUGAGUACCCAAAGUGGAUUUUUUUUAUGGGUUUGUGGUGCCACUCAGUAGAUGGCGCCAUAAGUCAAUCACCACUUCUGGCAUUGAAAUCUUGUAUUUCAGUACAUCAAGAGGCACCAUUGUAUUAUUUUGGUCAUAUAGUUAUAAAUACAGCCACACCAUUGCUCAAUUAUAGUAAGAUGAUAAACAUGGGAAUGUUAUAUAAACAUUAUUACUUCUGUAGUCAUUGGUUGUUAUUUAGCUGUCAUAGGCCUCUACUACCACAAACCUUGUUUAUUUUCAGACUAUGAAUAUGACCAUAACAGACUAAAUUUAGUUAAUUAACUUGGAAUGUAUAUAUUUACAAAAGAUAAAAGUAUUUGAAAUAAAUAACUGCUCAAAAAAUA